GCAAUCCAGACCUACCAACAGCAGUUAAUAUAACUUGGUCUUCAAUCAAUUUUAAAACUAUACUACAGUGGCAACCAAAACCAUCAGGUUACUUCUAUACAGUAGAAAUAAAUGGAAUGACAUCUGACACCAAAAGAAAAUGCAUACUGACAGCCGAAACCGAGUGUGAUGUUACUGAUGUGCUCAGGAAUGUGAAGGAGACCUAUACAGCACACAUAUUGUCUGUAACAUCCUCAGGGAUGGAUAACUUUGAAGAACCACCUUUUGCAGUCUCUGAACAAUUUACACCUUACAAUCAGACUGUUCUUGGGAAACCGGAGAUAAAGAAUUACACACAGAAAGGUUCCAAACUGAAUGUUGUGUUCCAAGAUCCGCUUACACCAUAUACAUUUCCUAAUGGAAGCUUUCAAAGUAUUCGAGAUAUUUUCCAACAUGACCUGGAAUACAAACUCUAUUACUGGAAAGAUCAAAGUUCUGGAAAGAAAGAUACCAGAACAAAAAGCCAUGCAUUUGAAGUAAACGUCGACAGCACAAAGAACUAUUGCUUCUACAUACAGGGAAUCAUUCCCUCCCGCAGAGAAGACCGUAAUGGUCAAGAAAGCGUGGUGGUUUGUACCAGUGUAGGAAGAAACAUCUUAGAUGAAUAUGGAGCAGAAGUCUUUAUCAUCAUAGCAGUGAUAGCAAUUGCGAUAUUCACUCUCGCUAUUGUCCUAUCAGUGAUCCUGUGUAAACGCAAGAAAGCAAAAGCUGCAAGAGAAAAGGAACCACUUAAUGGUGUUUAA